AUGGAAAUGGAAAGGAAUCUGAGUAUCGUAUCUGCUCGUAACUAUGACACUGGAAAUCAUCGAUUUGGUGCUUCUUCUUCUAAAAUGAAAGUGGAAGACGAAGAGACGGGUUUAUCGCUAUCUCAAUGGCUUAAUCCAUCUAAGGUUCCACUUAGUUACCUUGCGUUGCUCAACGAAGAAUCAACAACACCUGAUGAAAAAGCUCAAAUCGAUUACGUCGUUAAGAAAGUGGUUCUGCCAAAUCGUGGUGAUGCAGCAGCAACUGGUCCGGGAGGAGGAGGAAGAGGAAUUAGAACACUAUACUCAGCUUCAGAUAAAAUCGGUUCUUCUAAGGUGAAACCUUCAAUUCGUGUACAAAGCCGCACCAACAAUGAUGAAACCUGUGGAAGUAGCAGUAAGGUCCCUGUAGGUAAACGAUCCUCACGCAACAAGUCGCAGCAUCUAUCAUCGUCUCAAGUCUAUUCUGAGAAGCUGAGAAGUUGGAAAGACCGGAGUAACAACAACAACAACCGUGACUUCUCACAGCUCUAUGGCAAAUACAGACAUGUACCCUCGAAGCAAUCCAACAAAAACAAGAACAGACCUUAUGCCACAGAGAAUGAGCGGAAGCAGAAAAUUGAGGAAAACAUCAAGGCAUUAGGAGAAUUGCUCGCACAUGAAACUAAGGACUCCCCUGAAUUGAUACUGAAUGAUGUCAUUGCUCAUGUUAAGCUUCUGCAGCUACAGAUGAAGGAACUAAGUCGAAGCAGGUUAGGAGGAGAAUCAAUUUCUCAUCCUAUGAUAUCUAUUGAGGGAUUUGGUCACUACAUUCAUCACGAGCAAAUGAAGAUAAAACCGUUGGAGGAGAUAAUGGGAGAUCUGCUUGCAAAUGAUUUUGAAGGUGCAGCUAAUUUGUUGGAGACCAAAGGCCUUUACUUGAUGCCUUUGUCCUCAGAUCAAGGCUUCCCCUGA